AUGCAACUGCGGUCUUUUCACUCUCAUGUCGUGGCUGCUACAUCAAGUUCUCAACAACCACAGCUAGAACGGAUUUGGUGGGUGAAACCACGAUCAACAGUGUGGUUUGAUAGGUUUGUGGAUAGAUACUACGAUGACAUGUGGUGGAAGGAGAACUUUGGAAUGAAAAAGCAAACUUUCAACAACUUGGUUGAUUGUUUGCAUGACUCAAUCGUGAAGCAGAACACACACUACCGCAUGGCUAUAUUAGUUCGUGUUCGUGUUGCAUGUGCCAUCUACAAGUUCCGGCAUGGAUCCAAGCUUCUUUCAUUGUCCGAGAGGUUUGGGAUUGGGAAGAGUACAGCAUUUGAGGUUAUCAAGGAGACAUGUGCAGCAAUUCUUGAAGUCUUUGCAAAUGUGAUCAAGUUUCCUACAUCAUCUUCAGAUCUGAAAAAGGUUAUAGAUGGAUUCCAAGGGAUUACAAAACUACCAAAUGUUGCAGGGUGCAUAGAUGGAUCACAGAUAGAAAUAGAAAGACCGUGGGAUGAUCCUGAGGUCUACUUCAAGCACCAUCGCUAUAGCAUCACAUUACAAGCCAUUGUGGAUAGUAAGAAGAGGUUCUUGGAUAUUUGUUGUGGCUGGCCUGGAACAGUUCAUGAUGGACGUGUGUGGAAAAACAGUAGCUUUCGACAGCGAGUACUACUUGGAGAAGUCUUGCAACAGCCAGUGAUGGAGUUUCCAGAGAUCCCAGAUGUUAGUUUGAAGCCAUAUCUACUUGGUGAUAAAGGGUAUCCUUGCAACAUUGCGAUUAUGACUCCAUUCCGACGCUCGGCAAACUUGAGCAAGUUUCAAAUCCUAAGUAGCAAAAUCAGGAUGCAACCAAGCGAUGUUGUCGAUGUUAUUUAUGCAUGUUGUUUGCUACAUAACUACCUCAUCGAUAGUGGAGAUGCAAAUGUUGAUGAAGAAAUUGAGGAGUUAAACUUGCACCAAGCCAUUGAUGAAGAUGAUAGAGACAAUGCUGGAGGUGGCCACCAAAAUGAAGCAGAUGGAGAGGAGUUACAAGAAAAGCUUCUUCACUAUUUAUCAAGAGCUUAA